GUGAGUGCCCGCUCAGCUGUCAUCCAGAAUGUCAACAACAAACGCUCACCGUAAAUAAAAGAAGAAAGGCACGCGUGGAAUCUACAUUUUACUAAAAAUAAACUGUUUUUAAGUGUUUUAAUUCCAUUUCAGAUAGUGUGUUGCGAAUCAAAUCUUGGUUUGUAGCAGUCUCGCCGGGUCCGCAUGAGUGACACAGCUAAUGACACCAUGUCUGCACCAGAUGUGAUAAAGUCUACUGCCGAACCAGUGGAACCAACCAAACCACCCGAUAUCGAUCCGGAAACGACGGCAUCGGCUGCGAAUGCCGUGGAACAGUGGCGAAACUAUCAGCAGGCGUACACUGCCUACCAGCAGCAGUGUGCCGCUUACCAACACUACGUACAGCAGACACAGUACGCGCAAACGGUUGAGCAGCAGCAGAUGAUUUACAGCCAGUAUCUGGAGCAACAUCGUCACUAUCAGUACCAGCUGCAGCAGUACGAGCAGUACAAGCUGGGCAAUGGGUUGGUGCCAUACGCGGGAUCUGUCAACUGGCAGCCAGUUGAUCCGAUGCAGUCGUUCCCGAUGGAUCCAACAGCCAUGAUGCAGCCCGAUUUUCAUCAACCAUUAAAACCCCUGAUGGGUGGUCCGCCAGCAAUGAGACCCGCCAGUGGGAAUAACCCAGGCCGGGGCAAGGGUGCGCCGGACAUGAAAAAUCGUCGUGAUGGGAAAAUGAAGUCGAAACCUCCAGCGCACGAGAAGAAGAACGAGCUACACACGAGAACCAUUAUAUACUUGAAUCCCGACGACGAAAAGCUACUGCCCCAGGAGCUGAAACUACUGUUCGGCGACUUUCACUGCAAUCUCUGCCGCACGCGGAUGAACUCACACAUCUCGGCCAACAUCCACUACCAGUCGAAGUCGCACGAGAAAAAGAUUAACCAAUGGCUGAAGGAGUACUGUGAGGAUACGGGUACACCGAUGCCGGUACGUCAGCGACCGCCGCUAGAGCUGGCCGCCGAUACGGCAGCGAUCGGCAAGUCGGUGUUUCACUGUGAGGCGUGCGAUCUGGUGCUUACCUCGGUGCAGCAUGCCAAUCAGCACUACACCGGCAAACGGCACUGGAUGGUGGUGAAUGGGAAGAAGCUACCGUCCGGCAAUGGGCAUUUCAAUGCCGAUGGCAAAUGGAUUCGAACCACAAAUAUAGUAACCGACGUGGUGGCGCCAUCUGCCGCAAUGCCAUCGACCGCAGCGCCAUCUACCGCCGGCAAGCCGGUGGUGAUAAAGAAGCGACUUCUUCAACCUCUGCCGCACGAAGAGCAGGCACUGAAUGAAGCGAAGCGGACUCGCUUAGAACCGCCACCGGAACCACCUCAGCAGCUGAUUGCGCAGGUUCUGGCCGCUGAGUCACUUUCGCAGGCAAACGGUUCGAUGCCGCAACUCUCAUCGCCCGUCGUCACUCCCGUGGCUUCAAACCUUCAAAACUCCACUUUGCCGAAACCACAGCUCAUCAUAACGAUCAAUGUGGACAGCGAUGAGGAGGUUAAGGAAGUCGGGACGAAACCAUCCGACCCACCGGUAAUGCCCACAGGCACCAUCCAACCGACGACCGUAUCUGGUGCACCGGUUAAAUCUGGUGAAACCACGCUCGAGCAGGAGAUCCGCAAAAAGGAAGGACUCGACUGUGUGGACGAAACCGGCACCUUCUGCCUGAUCUGUGAAACAUCGGUCACGUCCCGGUCGGAGAUGGUGACCCACCUGAAGGGUUCCAAACACGUGAAGAAGGCACGCUCGAUGGGUGUAAUCGUGCGGACGACACCGUUCAAUGCGUCCGAUACGAUUCUGCGCAGCCUGUCGGCGCCGGCCCGUCAAACCGACUGGUCGCUGUACCGUAUGCCGUCGGGGAAAUUCUACUGCAAAACUUGCAACCUGAUCGUGUCGGACGAGAAGCUGUUCGGUCAACAUUGGUACGGGAAGAAGCACAAGUUGAAGUUGCGCCAGGAGCAGCAAGCCCAGGAGGGAGCAUCCCGCACGGCGACAACCACAGCAACGGGCGGUACAGUAGCUGCCGUAGCGGGUGCAGCAGCCCCACCACCACCAGCUGCAGCAGCCGCAGCAACUGUAUCAACCACCACGGACAAUCCAUUCGUGCUGGACGUUGAUGAUGGGACGAUACCGAUGGUUGGGGUUGGGGAAGCUGCUGGGUUGAGUGAGUUCGCCGUCGACUGUUUCCCGCAAACGGGCCGCAAGCAAAAAAUGUUGAACAAGAAAAGGAAAUACUUUUUCAAGAAGGCACUGUACGACAAAAAGUACUACCGCACUGUGGUAAAGCAGGAUCAGAAGCAGACGGGAAAGGUCGCGAGUAUAGUGCAGUGAAGGGUUUGAAUCCGUGGAAUCACAGGAGAUUACAAAUAUUAAUACAUUUUGGUUGAAAUGAGCACAAAAAUUAAACCCAUCAA